AUGUCCGCAACUCUUGCUGCUGGUUUGGCUUCUUCUGCCACCAAAGACAUUGCCAUGAAGGAUGUUUCUGAUGCUGCUGCUACUACUACUACUACUAAUGCUGCAUCUGCUUCGGAAGCCAAUGAUGCUCGCUUCUAUUCGUUUGACGAAUCCAAAAUGGAAUCCUUUGUCAAGGAAAAACCUUGGAUGAACGAAGCCAAAUAUUUUCAACGAGUUUCGUUGAGUCCCUCCAGUCUCAGCAAAAUGGUCAUGCACUGCGCCCGUGGAGUUGAAAAGGGAAUUGCCAAGGGCGGGAACCCCACGGAAGUCAUGGGAUUGCUGCUGGGACGUCCCGAUCCGGAAUCUCCGCAAAAUUUGAUUGUCACGGAUGCCUUUCCCCUCCCCAUUGAAGGAUUUGAAACCCGCGUCGUGGCGGACGAUCAAGAUGUGGUCAAUCACAUGAUUUCCCUCACCGAACGUCUCGAAGGAACUCGCAAGGAAAAGUUCAUGGGAUGGUAUCACUCCCAUCCCUUUGAAUUGGGGGACCACUCCCAUUGUUAUUUGAGUCAGACAGACCUGUCGACGCAAUUGCAAUGGCAACGUGCCGAAGAUCCGCACGGGAAUCCCUUUGUGGCCAUCGUCUUGGAUCCACUCCGAUCGGCACAUUUGGGUGUUCCGCAACUCAAGGCCUUUCGUGCCUUUCCUCCGGAAUAUUCCAGUCCGGUGGCCAAUCAAUGUCCCGAUGGAUCCGUGGAGACCAGUGAACAGAUCCGUUUGGAGCAUUGGGGAUCGUGUUGGAAUCGAUACUACGAACUGUCCAUUGACUAUUACAUGAGUUCCACGUCAAGAUAUGUCCUGGAAAAGUUGACCCAAAAUUACUUGUGGACGACUGCCUUGCGACAGCCAACCAGCGUCCAAAAGGAACAAGUUCAAACGAUUGCCCAAGUGGCCAAGAAAAUGAGCUCGAGUUCGGCCAUGGCCACCACAAGCUCUAGUACUAGUGCCACUACUGCCUCUUCCACUCGUCCUGGUGCAGCAAGUGUGGUGGGUGCCUUUGCAGGAAGUGGUGCCGCUUCGUCGUCUUCGUUUGAGUUCCCUCCACCCAAGGAAUGGCAAGAAGGGGCGGAAACCAUUCAAACCUUGGCGACGGAAGAAUUGGCCAAGCGAACGUUGAAGAGUGUGCAAAAGCAAGUCUUUUGUCCUCCUUACAAAAAUUAG